UUUACCACUCACUUAUUUAAAUUUAGUUUAAACAGUGUUUGAAUUCAAAUUUAAAGUUAAUUUCUGUAUUCUAGCCAUUUUUGUUCACCUAUAGGUAACACUCCCUCUAGUGCUUAGUUGGUGAAGUGACAGUUGCCUCCACGGCGGAUCGCAGUGAGCUGCCACGGGAUCCAGAUUGAAUCACCUCAAUCCAUCACUAAGCCUAGCCAUAGAAUACUGACCCAAAAUUAGGGUGCUCCUAAAUCUUUAAGGUAAUUAGCCGCUCCACAGGCUGCCACACUAGAUGUUAUGACCCAGCAGCGCCCUCUACUCGGUAGGCCCUGUCAUAACCCCUAACAGCAGUAAAAGGCUUAAACCUGCUCUCUCCUCUAUCCCUCUCUGUGUUUUGAUUUGUUGAUUUGUUUGUUUUUCAUUUUGUUCUGUUUUGUUUGCCUAGAGACCGAACCUUUGAGAAUCAUCAGGGAAGGCUGAGUAAUAGAUUGACGACCCAAGCUGCCAAAGUCUUAAGACGAUCACGCUGUCAACAAUCUGAGUUAGAUCCUUUCCGGUGCCCCCCCCACAACAAUUAGACACACCGUGCCAUUCACGGCCGAGAUAACAGGUGUCUGGUCUACACUCCGCAAACUGUUUGUACUCCUCAGACAGACCGUGCAUAGAACGUAUAAUUACUAUAAUUGCAGCCUGCUAACGCUGUAAGGACUUGCAUUGGCCUUUUCGUGCUGUCCCUCUCUCCCUCUCUCCCUCUCUCUCUCUCUCUCCCUCUCUCUUUUCACCAGUGAGCCAGCAUGUCUCGAUCAUCCAGCCCUGAUGCCCACUGGGAUCGACUAGCGUCCUGGCUGAGUGCCAUAACUGGUACACUCCUGUCUGAAGCAGCCGGCGGCCUGCAGCACCUGAGCCGGGAACAGCUCGACGACAACCUGAGCGCCCUGAUGUCACACGAUCCGACACAGGACUACAGCCACAAAGAUCUCACCAAGAUCCUCGGGCCCCUCGCCCACAACCUCCUCGCUCAGGCAAAGCUGGGAGAAGCAAGCAUCUCCCGCAUGGAACAGGAAGCAGCAGCGCUGAAGCUCCAGGCUGAGGAGGCUCAGAGAAACCUGGUGCUUGCUCAAAGUCAACUGGACCAGCUAACGUCGGAGACUCAGCACCAGCACAGGACGGCGGAUGAAAAGGACCCAGAGCUGCAGGAGGAAGUAGAAAGACUCCAGAAAGCCUUAACUGAUCUCCGUGUAGACACAACACGCCGAGAGCAGUGGGAAAAGGACACCAGAGAGGAACUAAGUGAAAAACUUCAGCGAGCCGAGGCUCUCCUGAUGAGAGCAGAGACUGAACUCAAAGAGAGAGAUGCUAGGGCCAGGGCCUGUGAAGGCCACCUGCAAAGUUCCCGGGCUGAAGUCAGUGCCCUGGCCCAACAAAGAGACUAUUUAAAAGAUGAACUUGAUACGGUUCACCGAGAGCUUAAAUAUGCAUAUAGACUGCAAAGUGACUCUGAAAGGGAAAUGCACACCACAGAAUUUCCCCUAACCAGCAGAUUGAUACCUCCUAGUCAAGGGUUUCCAGUUCGAAAGGGGGGUGAGAGCCCACUGCUCAAGACAUCACCUGCCAGCAUCCCUGAACCCCCAGCAGCAGCAAGGGGGUGGGAGCCUUUUCAAAGGCUGUCUUCCAGUCACGGCGUGUCACCUAAAGAAUUGGAUAAGCUGGCUAGAAACAUUCCCACUUUCACUCCAAACCCUGCAGGAGGCCACGAUGUGCACGCCUACUUAAAAGACAUUGACUUUCACUUGCAAACUGUUGCCAAUGUUACCACACGAGACAGACUCUAUCUGCUCCGAAUCACCGCUAGCCGUGAGGUGAGGAGCUUUCUAGACCGGCAGCCAGAAACGGUCGAAGUGGAUUACCAGCAAAUGCAGCAGGCUCUGAUUAAGGAGUUCUCUGACCCAGAGUCAGAGCAAGGACUGAUUACUGCCAUGGACCUUAAACAGGGCAGACAGGAAACCACACAGGCUUACUACAACAGGCUCAGACAGGCCUACUUCGGAGCACGGAACGAGCCAGGAAUGGAACAGGAUUUCAACUUCAAAAUUCUGUUCCUCCGGAACCUGCACCCAACAGUGAGCCACCACUUGGGGGUUCUGGCUUGCCCACGGACUAUGUCCACCCAACAGCUGCGAGAUUUGGCCCAUAAGGCCUAUGUUAAACAAAAGACUGCUUCUGAAAAGACAGGAAAAAACCCCACAAUCUAUCCUGUCACUAAUCAGAGUUCUGAACUUGCUCUAGAGGGCGCCGAGCCAAGCCACACUGACAAACCUGUCAACACAAUGUCAAGGUCCUUCCCAACCAGCAGAGAGCAGCAUGGCCAUGGUGGUGCCCGUCCUAAGCACCAGUAUGAGCGCCCCGAGAGAUCCUGGGACAGGUCACAACCACCCCUCAACCGAAGGGGUGGAGCCACAUGGGAAGCCAAGAGACGGCCCUAG